UAUGGGUAAAGCAUGGGGUGAGUUGCAUAAGGUGACCGUAGCAACCUAUGGCGAUGAAGGCUGUAUCAGCCCCGGUCCGUGGUUAAAGCCCGCCGGUAACGCUGCCUGCUCCUCGCUGUGAUGCAGCGGAUCAGCAGCCUCGCGGCUUGUCGGGAGCUCGGCGGCCUCGCGGCGCGCUCUCUCGGGGUCUGCGCCUGGAAGAAGAGCCUGACCUGCAGCGAGAGGCCGGUAGAGCACGGGCAGUGGGCGGGGGUGUGUGUCUGUCCACAGCAUCCUUUCACCGGGAUGCUCGCAGCACCAGUCCGGAGACUGUCUAGGCGGAGGUUCGUGUUCGCCGGACAGUCACACCGACCGUUCAGCUCACAGGGAGCCGACUGGCCGCAGGGGAGCCCCGCCGGUCACCCCGGUGUCUCCGUGGUCGGCAGCCCGGACCCGAUCACAUGGAUCCGGUGCAAAGUUGUUAUGUGUCUCAUCUAUCUGCAAUUUGACUUAGACGUAGACUCUGAGGAGUUCGAAAGUGGAGUAAAGCAGGCUUUGGUCCACGUCUCCGACAUGAUGUCCAGGGGCAGCUACCACACGCUAGUGGGAAUUGUGUCAAAUGAGACAAUAGAUCAUGUGAAAACGAGGUGCAAGUCUCUCACUGAUGCUCAGAGACAGAAGCUAGCCAUCGCAAUGGAUGACAUUAUAUUUAUGAUCCCGGAAGACGUGUCCGUGGUUCUUGAUGAAGAUGGUAGAACAUACUGCUUCAUCGUCAUGAGGUUUUGGCACAUGUCAACAUAUGAAGGCCCGGAUGACCCCGAGAGUACAAAGAUCUUCAAAGUGUCCUCUAGUGAAGAUGGCGUACCACAGAAGAGAAUAGUGACAGCAGUCUAUGAAUUCAAACGAGAGCUGACAAAGAGAGCCGAUCCUGACUGGAAGGUCACAACCAUUUGGCAUUGGCACUGGAAACUGGCGGAGUGAUGUAAAUUAAAGUGGCAAGGACAUUUGUCAGUUAUCAGGGAAGAAGUGAUGGCUGAAUGUAUCUAGCAGCAGAUUGAAGAACUGUGAAUCAGGAUCACGGGACCCAGGGCCGUUACAGUGAAGCUGAAGACCUCCAAACUGUACAGAUGAGUCCACCUUACUACUUGAACAUCGUCCUCAGACCUUCAGAUGCCUUUAAUGCCCACCUCAAGUGAUUUACAACAAUAAGAAAAAAUGAAAGGUCAUAGUCCUUGGACUUCUAUACAACUCCAUAAAUCAGCUGCAGUUUUUAAACAGUAUAUGACGGGAUGGAUGAUUUUCCUGGGCUUUUAAAUGCGUUUGGUCGAAGAAAUUGCUUUUGAAUGUAUUGCCAAAUAAAUAAAAGCCUUACUCCAGG